AUGAAAUUUCUCGCAGAUAGGUCACACUUGGCUAUUGUAGCGGCGAAGUUCUCUUGUGGAGCGCCCCGAGCUGGCUCAGAGAAGGGCCCCGAUGCCAUUAUCAAGACCGGGAUCUUCGACAAUAUAGCGAGCCGAGCCAAUCUCACACUGAGCCUUUAUACGUUGUCUCAGGACGAUGCCGAGCUUGAGCUUCCAUCGGAUCAGGACGAAUCGGGGCUGAAAAGACCGCGAGAAGUGAGCGCGGCCGCAGCACACAUAAGCGACUCUGUCUACCAGCGAGCCAGACCGGGAAACUUUGUGCUUACACUGGGGGGAGACCACUCUAUCGGCGUCGGUACAGUUUCUGGAACGUCCAAGGCCAUCCGCGAAAGAUUCUCGGGCCGGGACUUGGGCGUUCUAUGGAUUGACGCACAUGCCGACAUCAACACACCGGAGACCAGCUUGAGUGGGAGGUUGCACGGGAUGCCAGUGGCGUUUCUGUCUGGAAUCGCAAAGUCUCCCAAGAAAGGUAUCUUUGAUUGGCUAGAGGAUAGCCAUUUGAUCAACAUGAAGAAAUUCGUGUACAUCGGUCUUCGCGAUGUGGACGAAGCCGAGCAAGCGACGAUUGCUAGAACUGGCAUCAAGGCUUUCACGAUGGAAGAUGUCAAGCGGUUUGGCAUUGAAAAGGUCAUGGACUUAGCUCUCGAUCAUAUUGGAGACGAAACCCCGAUCCACGCAUCUUACGAUAUUGAUUCUCUUGACCCGGAGUGGGCGCCUUCGACUGGAUUUCCCGUAGCAUCCGGGCUUGCACUUGACGAAGGCGUGUAUGUUGCAAAGCGUCUUUAUCAAAGUGGAAACUUGAUUGCUUUGGACCUGGUUGAGAUCAAUCCUGACGUUGCUACUUCUCAACUAAAUGUGACUGUUGAGGCCGGCUGCAAGUUGAUCAAGAGCGCUCUUGGAGCGUGA